CCAGUUGUUCACAGGGGACAGCCACAUUACUGAAAAUCCAGUCCUCGUUUUCACUGCUACUUUACACUCCGCUCGUCUACACCCGCGGACACACUAGAGUACAUGCUGCAAACUGCAAGAAAUCAUGGAUAUACGCAAGAAAGAGUCAGGGCAGAGGAGCACAGAGAGGGAGAGGGGAGAGACCUCUACUGGAGAGGGUGAGGCAGAAGGAGAGGCUGAGGGAGAAAAAGGUCAACAGGCAAGUUCAAGUCAGAAAGAGCAAGGAGAGACAGAGGAGCUGCAGCAAAUGGAUCAAGAGGCAGAGGAAGAUCAAGUUAUUACAGAGAGAGGAGAGCAAACAGGCCAAGAGAGGGAAAAUGAUGAAGCAGCUGCAGCAACUCAUUCUACUACAGGGUUUGAUUUAGGUGACAAAGACACAGGGCCCAGACAGGUGAAGCUGAGGAGCUAUCCACAUGAUACUUUUGGUACACAGAAGCGAGCAUUUAACCACAGCUGGUUUGAAAAGCACAACUGGUUAGAAUAUUCAGUCAACCAGAAUGCAGCUUUCUGCUUCCCAUGUAGAGUGUUUGGCAAAAACAUCAAACAUGAUAGUUUGGUCAGUGAUGAAGGUGAAGACAGCCCAAACGGAGCUUUUACGUGCAUGGAGCUUUUAAAGGAGUUUGAUCCUUUUCUUCAAAAACAUAACCCCCCAUCAAAUACACAGUAUUUCUUGCCAACAUCCCAGAAUGACACGAUUGACUGUUGUGCCCAGGAAGUUACUAGUGUCAUUGUAUCUGAAAUGACAAAGUCUAAAGUCUAUGCCAUCAUGGCAGAUAAGGCAAGGAAUGAAAACGCAGAGCAGUUAGCUGUUUGUGUCAGGUACGUGUCAGAGGGGGCAGUGAAGGAGCGUUUCCUUGCACUAGCAGAGAUAAAAUCAUUUGAUGCCCAGUCCAUUGCAAAUGAGAUUCAGCAGCAGAUCCAAAACAAUGGUCUUGCAGAACUUAAGUGUGUAGCACAAACAUAUGAUGGUGCAGCCGUUAUGAGUGGCUCCACUGGAGGUGUACAAGCACAUUUUAGAAGGCUCCAUCCUGAGGCUAUCUAUGUGCAUUUUUAUACUCAUCAACUCAACCUGGUUUUGUGCAAUACUUGCAAGGCUGUCCCAGAGGCUGUGGAGCUUUUCAGCUUGUUGGAGUGUGUGUAUUCUUUCUUCAGCACCUCCCUAGUCAAUCAUCAUAAGUUCAUAAAGACUCAGGCAAAGCUUGGAUUGACAAAAACUGAGCUUGUGCAACUUUCAAACACUCACUGGGCAUGUCAGUUGCAAUCAAUCAGUGCAGUUCUUGAGACAUUGCCAGCCAUUUUGGAGUGCCUAUCUGCAGUUGGAUCCCCCAUAGCUGUUGGUCCCAGAGCAAAGCUCUACAAGUUCUCAGCAGUCUAUGCACUACUGAUGUUUCAGUUGAUUCUUUCUGUAACCGAAGGACUCCACAAAUUCCUGCAGAAAGAGACUUUAGACCUGGCAGAAGCUUUUAUCUGUAAACAAGCUGUGUGACACACUUAAGGGCAAACACUCAGAUGCAUUUGGCUGCGUCAAACAAUGGGUCAGAAAAUACUUCACAGACUUGCAGUCAUGUCUAUUGAAAAAGACACGCUUCAGCAUCUGAGUCACAACAUAGUGAUUGACCGAUUUGCCACUCUUAAAAACGGACGCUACUCUUUGAUGCUUCCACCCACCAAGUAACUGGUGAUUGCAGCCAUAAAAAUUAUGUAUUUUUUUAUUUUCAGUUUUUUUCUUGUUAUUGAUGCAGCAAACACAUUUCCUCUGUUUUCUUGCUGUACUGUAUUGUAAAACAGACGGAAAUAAAGCAAUAGAUCAAUUGGUGGCCUAGGAUGUUUAAUCGGUCCAAAAAAGUAGUAAAGCAAUUUCUCAGUCUUUUUCUGUUUGUGAAAUUUUGUGCUCAUUCACUACAUUCGUUCAUAUCGUGUGCAUCUCUUGGGGGCUAAGCCCCCCCUGUCCUUAAAUCCUGCUGCUGGGUUUAUUUAUAGCUUUACAAAUGACUGCACCUGUAUAAACCCCAGGACAGAAUUUGUUGUUGUUUAUGCUACAGCUACAGCUUUGAACUUUGCAGAGUGUCCUGUGACUUCUUUCUCUGUUUUUUUUGUUGGGAGAGUAGAUAUUUUGGUGUGCAUUUUUUUAAUGAAAAGAACAAAGUUAGAGGUGCUUUCAUUAUGAACAUCAAAGUUAAAAUUCCCCAGGAAGCUCAAAGCUCAAUAGCUUGCAUCAAGAGACAUUCAAAUGAACUUGGACGUAUGGCAACAUAAUUUAUUUUUCUCUCUUGCAAAUGCAAAGUUGUGCUGCAAUUUCACACUGGCACUUUUUUUUUCAUGCACAAACACAAACCUUUGUCUAACAUCUUUAAGAUCAAACCUGAAUCAAAAUUGUGUCAUUCUUUUGGUCCAUUGGAGUGCAGUAAGACAUCAAACACCCCUAUAGAAAACUCAGAAUAUUACAUGAAAUUGCUUGCUUGGCCAAAAAUGGGUAAAUGAUGUAAUUUGGUAAAAAACAUUAAAAACUACAAUUUUCAUGUGUUGAGUUUAGAAUGAAAGCAUGAUAUAGUACUGUCAGUAACAAGGAAUCAAAAAAGGUGGUUAUAAUGGGUUUCAAUUGGCCACAAAUGGCCACGAUACAGCCAAGAGGAACAAUUUAGUGUAUAGUGAAUAUUAUUGACAUUAUUAAGGAGCUGAUGUUGAAAAUUAAAAAAUCUGAAAGAAAUACACACCUUUGGGAAGUUUCAUUUUAUUUGCAUUAACAGAACAAAAAUGGUUGAAAGACGAAAAGCAAAGUGGCCACAAAUGGUCAGGAUACAACUCAGAGGGUUAAGAAAGGAAGCAGGGCCACAGAUUAUUUAUACAUACAGUCCAUAGUUUUACGCUACAGGCCCCCGGAACCAAUUGUUAGGUUCCUACAGGAAGUAGAGCAUUGUCGGAUGCAUUUCGAGGUGGAGCAAAGCUUACUUGCGUUUGUCAUUCAGCUAGGGAGCUACUGGAUACCCGGUGUGUCACUUGUC